ACACACACUCAGACGCACACACGCAGAAAAGAGGAGAAAGCCAGAGAGGAGAACCGCGGCGGCACGAUGGGGAUAUUCUGCCUGCGUGGGCUCUGUCGCUGAGGCGUCCGGAGUUCAGCCACUGUACUCGCUGGUGUGUGUGUGUGUGUGUGUGUGUGCGCGCGUGUGUGUGCCUGCACACGCGUGUGUGUGUGUGUGAUGGUGUGUGCAUGCAUGUGUGAGUGAGUGAGUGAGUGAGUGUGAGCCCCUGCCGACACCGUGUGGAGAAAGGAGAGGGGGAAACAGAGAGGAGAGCGGGUGGAGAGGAGGAAGAAGAGAAGGGGAGUGUUGACUCUGGCUGGGGCUUAGAGGAACCUCGCGCCACUGGAUCAGAGGACGCCGAUGUGCAACAACUACUCCAACUACUGCCGCCGCUGCUCUGUUUGCCUGCGCGCCUCCCCUCUUAACUUCUGCCAUGGCAUAGACGCUCCUCUUCCAGCUCGCCGCUAAUCCACCAAGGGAACGGGCAUGCAUGGGCACAACCAGGGAUCUAGGCUAUCGCAUCCUUUACGUCAGUAAUUCACAGUCUGAGGAAACAUGGUGAGCAAGGAGGGUGGCAAAUGCAUGCUCACCAACUCAGAGUCUGACUCGGAGGCAGCGCCCUUGCCCUCCACCUCGCUGGCGCUGGAGGUGAAGUAUUCCAUGGAAGCCAGUCGACAGGUGAGGAAGAGAAACAAGGCCCUGCAAGUGCGUUUCAAGGAUAUCUGCGAGGCGCAGAAUGAGCAAAGGGAGGCGGAAUUGCAGGCGGCGGGGAAAGGUGGCAAGCCGAUCUCAUACAAAGUAGCGUACCGCAAAUACAUGACCGUCCCUGCCCGCAGAUCCAUCCCCAACGUCACAAGGAGCACGGGCGUGCAGACGUCCCCUGACCUGAAGAAACGCUAUCAGACCUUUCCCUUUGAGCGCAAGAAAGGCCACACCUUUAAACACGUGGUGGCCGUGGAAACUUAUAAAGGUCAGAAUAACGGUUUUGUCAUGGAGGUGAAGCAGUCCAAGGCUGCUGAGCAGGGUUUAGAUGAGGAGGAGGAGGAGGGAGCCUGCGGGGGGAGUGGAGUCCGGAGGACCAGGGCUCUGCUCCAUACUAAUGAGUGCAUUGCCACAGUGGAGCAGCACACUGCACCUGAUGGCCUGUGCUCUGACGCUCUGCUGCUCAGUUGCUCUGCAGACACAGACUGCCUUGCAGACACGCAGAGAGGAAGCGGAGCCGGAGCACAGGCAGAGUACCAGCUUUGCAGCGUCCCAUCCAAAGCCAGGACAGGAUUACAACACAGGGAGGCCGAUACAGACCGCUUGACCAAGAGGCAGCUGCUCAAUCUGGAGGAGGGCUCAUCCCGAACCCUGCCGGACAGGGCCUCCAAGGUUACGGGCCCCAUUGCCUGGAACUCCCUUACCCAAGUGGAGUGCCUGGAUAGUCCAUCUGUGCGGAGCAAGCGGAAGAAAGCCCUGCAGCUGAACGGGCUGCAGAGCGAGACGCUACCACGUUCCAGCAGAGGCUGUACAACACAGGCACAGUGCCACACAGGACAGUUAUCUGCCCGGCCUCUACGGGGCAUGGAGGAGCCUCUGUCACCCUGUACAGGUGGUGAGGCUGGUGGGGCACCGCCUGAUCAAACACAGGAGGCCUGUAAGCAAAUAGUGCCUAUGAAUCAGGACGGGGAUGUUAAAGCACAGCUCCAGGCCAUGGAAAAUCUCAUCAGUUCCAGCCAAGAAACCAUCAAGGUGCUGCUGGGGGUCAUCCAGGAACUGGAGAAGGGAGAGGCCCACAGAGAAGGACUCUCCUAUCGAACCGGACAGGACACGGCCAACUGUGACACAUGCCGGAACAGCGCAUGCAUUAUUUACAGUGUGGAGCUGGACUUCAAGCUUCAGGAGGACAAGCUGCAGCCACUGAUGAAGAGGCUUUGCCCAACGGAGGACGGCCACUUUCCCCCUCUGCCUUACCCCCAGGAGGCCUUCACCUCCACCCCAAAACGCAAGUCCAAAGCUGACUCCAAGAAGCACGCUCGCUGGAAACUUUGGUUCCUAUGAAAAGACACAGGACCGUCUACUUCGCAGAGCUACCGAUGCACAGGAUUUACGCAUCCGUCCGGUCGUCCACACUUGUUUGGUUUAUCCGCCAUCUUCUGAUUUAUCACCAUCUACUUUUUCUAGUCUACUGGAUACUGAACCCCUGCUAGAAGCUGACAGGAUGUGUAAUGGGACACAACUGUGGAUUCCGUGGAAAAUUCAAAAUGUCAUGCUUACCAAAAAUGGAUUCAGAGUUAUUUUUGAACUAAUUUCUUCAAACAGGGUGUGAAAUUACACCAGAGCAACAUAUUUGGGGAUCAGCAAGGUGAGAAGACGAAUUUGAUUUCCCUCUGUCUAUUUGCAUAUAUUUUUCUAGCUGACGUCUGUGGGGUCCCAUUCUAUGAAAAAUGAUUCAGUGACCGUCACGUUUCUAUUCACCAGUUGGGACUUUUGUCUUCUUUUCCCAGCCUCCAGGAGAGGUUGGCAAGUCAACCACGAUGCUCUGAGGUCUACAUCGACAGCAUAUCACCGUACUGCAAAGCACAAUUAACACUGUUCAGGAUACAUUUUCUCCAGAAUAAUUUAAAAAAAGGAACUAUUUUGAGUAUCAACUCACACAUUUAGAUCACCUACUAACAAUGACAGACUGAAGACUUUCAUAAUAUCUAAAGAAGAGAACCUAAAGGACAAAGAAGUCAGAGAUGUUUAUUGGAAUUCUAUGAUCAACUUUCUAUCCAUUGCUAAAAUGUCUCCUUGAAUCAACUGACUUUGAAGUAAAGAAUGAAUAAAUAACAAUUAUUUUCUUAAUAACAUUUGCAAAGUUAGACGUCAAUGUACUUUUUUCUAUAUAAAUAUAUAUAUCUAUAUACACUCACUUUAAGGUUUAGUGGAAAAUAUUUAUUUGAGCUGCUGUGAAGGGAGCCGUGCAUUUCAAAAACUGCAUAGAAGGUGAAAAACUUCUGAUUCUUAAUUUCUUUUCAUAUUUCAAGCUUAGUUCUUACUAACCUCACAACGCAUAUGGUAAUUGAAACCUGACAUCAAAAAGAAAAGAGGGAAUACACAGAGUCAAACGUCAUCAAACAAAGUUUAAUACAAAAAAAAACGAUUUUAUCAUUUCAGUCACAAAACCAAGUAUAACUAACACUGUUGGUUCUUAGCACAUGUGAAAGGUAACAGAAGAUCGCUGUGAUUGUAUCGCCGCAGUUUCCUGCAUCAGCUACCGAGAUAGCUACUGAAACCAAGCCAGAAAAGACUGAAUGUGCCACUUCUGAUCACAACCAGGGCUUCUACAGUGCAGGGUGGCAAGCGUGUAGCCUUGCAUGCUUUUUACAACCCUCCGAUUUUGCAGGAUAUUUUCUAGCUUUUCAAGAAAAACAAUUUUUAAAGAGAAUGACAAAAGAACUUUUUCUCUUUCGCCCCACUUUUGGUUAUUCUCCUGCUCAUUGCUUCCCAUCAAAUCGACUGUAAAGUAAAAACUCAUGUAGUGGCUCCAUACAGGGUUCAAAGUAUAUGUACAGCCAAAAUAAUAUUUGCAUUUACUAUAUAUAAAUAUAUGUUGUAUAGCAUCGAAUAGGGCUAAUACCAUUUUAAUGGGUGAGAAAGCAGCCAAUAACUAAAAGAGAAACAACAUUACUGUACAACGCCUGCAGGAGCAGAAAACCGAAGUCACUCUCAAAGCCAAAAACACUGCCCCCGAGGAGAGGAGACGCGCCAGAGUGGUUUCAAGGGCAUAAAAAGAAACAUCUUUGUCCACUGUCACACGACAACACCAAGUUAUUUACUAGGUAUUACUGGGUUGACUUUCACGAGCUCCAACAUGCUGCUUUCUGUUGGCUACAUGUGACUCACACCUUCCACUCUUGUACAUGCCAGGUUGGUUUCUUUCAGUAGUUAUGCUGUAGCAUCCAGAGAGAACUAGAUGUUUAUCUGUACCUUAAAGAAGUGCAAUUGAUUUAUUAUGUGCAAUACUGUGUAUUUUAUACUGUUUUUUUAAGAAAGAAAACAAAAUAAAAGAUAUUUAAUAUGCAAAACAUGAAAAAUAAAAACGGAUAUCUACAGAGCUCUGGAAGUCUGAAGAAGACCGAGUGUCAUUUGCGGACCAGUGAGAAGGAUGUUACAAAAACAGCGCUAUCUAGAUAA